AUGGUGGUAGCUGCAAAUGUAGAAGAUCGGAUCAUCGGGGGGUUCAUGCAUGACUCCCAAAGUCUCGGUUACGGCUCAUCAUUCCUCACGGUCUUUAUGUGGAAUCUCAUUGAAACUCUCCCUGGCAUUCCUCGCUGGGAACUCAACGACCCGCAGAAAGAGGAGGACAGAGGAUUGGGAAUAUACCGAUGCAUGCCCAACUGGUGGGGUCGUCGUGAUAUUUCUAGAGGAGCCGUGCCGCACAACUCUUUGAAGGAGCGGCUCGAUAAGGUUGACAGCUACGGGCCCCUAAACAACCACGGUUCAGGGGAACCAUGCUUAUGGAAUUCAAAGGGUGUCGCUGACAUGGGAGACGUUACGUAUCAGCGUCUUGAUCAGAGUGGUCAGGAAAUCAAGUCCGCUGAGUGGGAUUCUAGGCAUAAGAUUUGGCAGUUUGAGGAUUUUUACGCCCAGCAUGGUCAACCUCGCAUUUUCUAA